AUGCCCGAGAUGUUUGGUUUGCCUGCUUGCCAGGGGUUGACAACAUCCGACAUGGUUACGUUACUUGGUAGACGUGUGGUCCAGGUGUGGAUAGACAGUGGCAGCGGGCUGGAUGGAGCACAUGAAGCCCGUGACCAUGGUGGUGAUGAUGAUGAUGAUGUGAGGGAGAAAUGUAUGCUGCUCCUGAAAGAACUGGUAUUACAGGCUGAUGAGGUAACUGAGCAGAGGCGAGAUGGUGUACGGCAGUUGGAGGGUGGUUCAUUGUGGUGCAGGCUGCCAUUCAGCAAGGUGUCUGAAGCCUUGAAAUUUUGUAAGAGCAGUACCAACAGUGCCUUGGCGAACAACAAGCAGUCCAACACAAAGCAAUACCCAUCAUGUGACAACCAUUGCUCAGCCACAGAUGAAUCAAAUUUGAUUCAGGGCCCAGCAGAUGACUGCCGAAUGAAAGAAACGGGUGCUUCCUCCAGCGUUCUGCUCUUGUACCCCUCUCCUCCUGACAGCUUUGCUGAAGAAUCCACCCCACCAUCUGUGUUCCAAGGUCACAAGACCAUGACUAUUGAGCCGUCACUGCCAGGUACUCCUGAUGAUAGUUCAGAAGAUUCGCCUUUGGGGGAAGGUGCUGUUACCCUAUUUACACCUUCUUCUACUAAAGUCCUAGGUUCUCCUUCUAUUGCAUCUGUAACCCCCUCUUCUUCAGACACUGUCCUAGAUCGCUUUUGUAUGCCUGCUUAUGCUAAAGCACCUUGCUCCAGUUCCUUAUUUCAGGAAGGCCACAAACAUGACCCAGCAGGUCCAUUAGUAAAGGCUGAACAGAAGCCACUGUGCCCUUCCACCACCGCAACAUUGCCUGCGCCACAGCGAUUCUUAUUUCAGUUGGAGCCUGUACAUCAGAUAAAAAUGUCUGAUGGGCAGAAGCUGUUUGCAUGUGACAUAUGCUCAAGUGUGUACCAACGUUGUUUCAGCCUAAAAAGACACUACUUGCGAUCUCAUAUCAAUCAUCGGUACCUUACCGAGCGUGAUAUCUCCAACUGUGGUAUCGUUGUUAGUGAGCGACUUGCCAAAGAAAACCCAACAGUUCCAUCUGUCGAAAAGAGAAAUGUUGCAUUGGGCAAGGACGUGGAUACAGUGCAAGAAUCUCGUGAGAGUGAAAUUAUGGCAAAUGACAUUAUGAACUCCAGCAGUGACAAAUGCUCAAAAGUAAAUCCAGUAGUAGAAAAUUGUGUGACUUUCCCAAAUUUAUACCGCUGUCAUUUGUGCAGCAUCUGCUUUGAUACUAAGGAUGAACUGAAAUAUCAUCUAUCCACCCACAAGCCUGCUUCAUUAGCUAGCAAGGAAAAAACUGCUUCUGACCCCAUGAAUGGUAACCAGCAAGCACAUAGCAAAUCACGUCCAGAUCUCAAAAAAGGGAGUAAAGAAAGGGACAGGUUACUGUCUGCCAGCAGCCAGGAGCUGUCUUCUUUUGUGCAGGUUUCUCUUAAUUAUGAUCAUUUGAUGUCUGACUCAGUGGUAGGACCAUCAAGACAGGUAGGAUUCAGUCACAUUUCAUCAGUUGCUUUACCUGAUCAGUCAAUGCCUGCAACACCAAGUCAUUCACCAAAGUGGGUAACAUCUAGCUUGCAAAAAUUAACAGCUAGCCAUUCAUCAAAAUUUGCAGUGCCUGGCCAGUCAUCAAAGACCUCAAAAUCUUCGAAACAUGUAACAUCUAACCGUUCUUCUAAACAUAACAUAUCCAGCCAUUCAUUUAAACCUGUAUCAUCUGUGCAUUUAUCUAUACCCUCUUUGUCUGACCAUUCAUCAAAGCUUUCUUCACCUGGUCAUUUAUUAAAACAACCACUCGUUCACCAUUCUUCAAGUUUUUCAUCACCUGAGUUCAUUUCUUCAGCAAUCACAAAGCUUACAAUCCCUGACCAAUUGGUAAGGCCUGUGAUGUCUAGUGAGCGUCAUACAACCAUUAGUCAUUUUCCAAAACCUACAUUAAAUGAGGGAUUAUUGAAAUAUUCCUCAUCUUCAGAGCGAGGUCAACAUUUAUGUCUGUACUGUGACAAGUCAUUCUCCACUCUGACUAUGCAGAAACGUCAUGUGGCCCGGAUUCAUCCUCAUGCACAGCUAUCCUCACAGAGCAAGACAUCACACCAUAAAUGUGCUUACUGCACCAAACCGGGUGGUACUUUCAGAGAGUUACCUCAUCUUGUUCAGCACCUGCUUGCCACCCAUCCAGACCUGUAUCAUGCUUGUACUACCUGCGAACUCAGGUUUGAUUGUAAGGAUGCUCUUGAUUGUCACAAAAUCGCUGUUCAUCACGGCGACUACAGGUGGAACUCAGUUUGCACAGCUUUACCUUUGCCUGCAUUAUCACACUCUGUGACACUGGAUGUCAGCGUUGCAGGAAAAUCAUCUCAGUCUUCUCCAGAGUUGUGUCGUGGGAGCAAGGUGAAAAAGUCUAGUGCAGGGGGUGUGGAUUUAUUGGGAUCAGAUGGACAGUUCCUGUACACCUGCAACGUGUGUCGUGAAGUGUUCAAUGAUUAUGUUGCAAAGUGUCGUCAUCACCGACAGGUUCACAAAGGAAAUCGAAGUCAAAAUUUGGUUGCUAGAGGUGUCAAGAGCCCCACUUCAGGGUCAGAUAGCAAGAGUCAAGGCCAUUUUGUGGUCCUUGAAAAGGGGUCAGUGGACCAAAUUCAAGAUACAACAAAUACUGAAGGUUGUGCAGAUGAACAGGAGGUGAAGUCAGACAUUCUAUGCAUAAAAUCUGUAAAUUCUAAUAUAUGCAGGGAGCCUGAGAGUGACAUUAAAACAGACAUUGAAUUGUCAUCUAAGAGUCACAGCCUUAAGAUAAAGGACCCUGCUUCAGAAACAGUAAGGGAAAUUCACCAAGCCAAUAAUCUGAGUGAAAACUCAGAAGCAGAAAAGCCAAAGAUUCUAACUGUUAAUGUUGCCAAGAGCAUGUCUGAAGCUGUUGCUCUUGCCCCUUUCACUUCUGUAUCUUCAGGGGAAGAAAUGGCCAGUUCUCCAAGAUCUCCACAUCUUCCUCCUGAGUCCACCUUUCUUGCUAACAGCAUAGAGCAAGUAGAUGAUAUCUCCAGUAGCGGAAAUAAGUGUAUUUCUGACUCCUUGGAGAUUAGUGACAGUGUUGUAUGUACUGGAAAUAAAAUUGGUUCUUGUGCAAAUAGUUGUGACCUCACAAUUCAAAUGGCGGAGUGUAGUAGUGAUGUUUUAGCAGGAGAAAAUGAUAAUUUUGUUCAGAAAAGUGGUUCAGGCUUUCAUGUAUUUGGGACUGCUGAUACUAAAACCACAGAUGACAGUGUUAUAAGUAAGGACUAUGUUUCAAAAAGUUCUUUAAAGUCUAUGUUUGAUGACAUUUCAGACCAAUCAGGGGAUAGUGUUGAUAUCAGUGUGACUGGAACUUCAAUGUGUUUAGAGCUAGGUUCUGAAAUUUCUCUGGUUGAUGCUUCGGACCAUGUGGAGACAAUUUCAGAGACUAAAUCUGUGGGUUGUAAGUUAGUAGUUGACUCCAGCUUAGGAUAUGAGUGUUCACCAGAGGUUGGAACACCUGAGUCUUUAGUAGACAGUUCUGAUCUUCCAGUAGCUGGUACGUUAUGCCAUUCUACAGCUUCUUUGGAAUCUUUAUUGGCAGGAACCCCAGCUUCACAUGGAACGAAUUCUACGUCUUUGGAGUCUGAAUGUUCCUCAUCUGGAAUUUCAGACUCUUUGAAAGCAUGUUCUGAUGUAUUACAGUCAGCAAGGCCAGACUCCAUGGAUAAUAACUCUUUAACAAAAACUAAAAAUUAUGCUAUGGCACCAGAAUGUGUGAAGGAAAGCUCUACAUGUGACCGAACCAAGAUUUCAGUUGUCACAGAAGAAAGUUGUGGUACUCGGUUAGACAUAAAUUGUACUAGGAAAAUCCCUGAGAUAUCAGGUCAUCUAGUAGCAAAGUCUAGAUCUUCUCCAGGUGAAACCUUUUCAGAUUGUACAGAAACUGACUGUAAACCUGCACCUGACGUAACUUCAAAUUCUUUGAUAGAAAUUUCUGGAACAGCGUUAACUAAAACAUCAGAUUUUCUGGAAACCAACGCUAAAUCUUCAUUAGGUAAAAUUUCAGAUAAUAUUGCACCUGUGAUAUAUGACAGUAAAGAUCCUGUAAACUCUCCUGUAGGCAUAAUUUUAAAUUCUUUGGAGCCUUCAUUGGAUCAGUCUUCAAAUCCUAAGACUGCAGAACUCCCAGAAGGAUCAUCUACUCUUCUGUUAAGUCAUUGUUCAAACUUUACAGAAGAGAUCUCAAAACAUCUGCUCACUAAUGACUUGGAUGCAUUGGAAGAAAAUGGUAAACUGUCUUCAAACUCCACUGAAGAAUGUUUAAAAUCUGCAUUCGCUGAUACCUUGCAUUCCAUUGAGCAGACCUCUAAUCAUUCGUGUAUGGAGGAAGACAUUUCUAAUCUUUCACCAGUUGAAGAAAGCUCUAAUCCUUCCGAAAUCAAGAUUUCAAAUUCUAUGGAAGUAUAUUCUGAUCAAAAGUUUUUGGAUCCAAGAGACACAGAGAACUGUAAAUUGUCAUUAGAUGUUGAAGAUGGUGUAGAAGGAACGUGUACACCUUCACUGGUUGAAACUUCAAGUACUGUAGAAGAAAGUUUAGGUUCUCUGCAGGUAGCUUCAGGCAAACCUCUGAUAGGUACAAAGAGAUAUGAAAUUUCUUUAACUAAGAGCAUUGAUUUUCUUGAUGAAAGUUUGAAAACUGAAUUGACUUCAGAUUCUAUGGAUGAAAACAUUCAGUCUCCUUUAAUUGAAAGUUUAGAAGAUAUCUCACAACCUUUAUUAACAGAAAGUUUGGAUUCUAUGGUGGAAAACACAAAAUCUGCAUCUACAGAAGGUUUGGAUUCUAUGGUGGAAAACUCAAAAUCUGCAUCUAUAGAAGGUUUGGAUUCUAUGAUGGAAAACUCAAAAUCUUCAUCUGUCAAAGGCUUAGAUUCUGUGAAGGAACAGACUUCAUCAACAGAAAUUCCAGAUCUCAGCAUGGAGAAUUCAGAAUCAACAGAAAGGUCAAAUUCCAUGGUGGAAAAUUUAAAAUCUGUGUUAAUGGAGAGUUCAUAUAUGGAAGAAAACUCAAAAUCCGUUUCAAUAGAAAAUUUAGAAUCUAUGGAGGAAAGUUCAGAAUCUUUAGAUUCUGUAGAGGAAGGAUCAGAGUCUGUAUCAUUGAAGGGUUUUGAUUCUGUGAAAGAAAGUCACAAACCUGCAUCGACAGAAAGUUUGAAUUGUUUAGCUUCAGAUUAUAAACCUGCAGUAACAGAAGGUUCUGAAUUUAUGGGGGAGAAUUUUAAGAAUGCCAUAUGUGAGAAUUUAGAAUUUUUGGAAGAAAAUCCACAGUGUUUGUUGCCAGAAAAAGUAUGUUCCAUGGAGACAGGCUCUAAAGAGCUGUUACAUGAAUCUUCAGAUAAUAUAGACUUGUGUUCUGAUGCUGUACCAGAGAGUUUAGAUGCUAUCAAAGCAGAGUUGAAACCUGCAUUAUCUGUAGCACAGAGUGGAUGUGAACCUGUUUCAAGCCGCAUCCUAAGAAGUAACUCCACACCUUUAAUAAAGAGUUUUGACCCUGCAGAAGAAAAUGACACUAUCCCUCUACAUGAGCGGUGGCUGCAAAGCAAAACUGAAGCUGCAGCAAACAGUCAAACUGCUGGAAGCAGUCGAGCGUUGCGGAGAAGCUCAGCACUUCCAGUGGCAAAACCAGUAGAACCUACAGCAGACGCAGAUGAUCAUCCCAAAGGAGAUAGUGAUCGUGUCUUAAGGAGCAGUGCUGCUCUUAAAAGUGACGAGCCCACAGUUGAUCAAGAAGUUACCUGCGAUAUGGAUUCAGGGCCUUCGAAGGCCCGUUCGAAGUCUACUAUGGCUGCAACACGUCGCACUCGUCUGCGUAAGUUCAGUCGGCGAGUGAGGGGAGAGCAAAUGCAAGAAGAACGGCGCAUGGAUCCAGAGACACUGUUUUAUUGCCGAAUUGCAGGAAACAUUCGGGACAACCUUCUACACCAUUUGGAUGGGAAGCUGGAACAUGAGGUAUCGGCAAUGUCACAAGGUCCGAACAAGGCAGACCUUUCUCAGCCCCAUACAUCUGUCACUACAACAAAUGAAGAGAAGCAUAACCACCAUGUUCACCAUAAAGCACCAUGGGAGAAAUUUAACUUUCCUAAGAAUUAUGAUGGCCGUUGUGGGGAGGGAGCAAUAUGUCUUGCAUCAUAUAUUAAGGAUAUGUCACACCUAGAUAUAUCUACACAGCUUACAAUGCGACAGAACUUGAAGCGCCUGAGUGCAGCCUCCAACACCAGCCGGAGUUCAGUAGAUAUACCAGUUGAAUUUUCAAAGGAUGAUGUGAUUAGCUUCUCUAGGGGAUUAUGCCUCAACGCUAAAGUGUGUGCAGACAGAAGGAGAUCACUACGUUCUGCAACAAAUCGUGGACGAGAUGCAUUGGCUGCAGCUCCAGGAGGUGCCGCAUCGACCUUCACUGGCAGUGUGUCCCUAAAACGUUGGUCCUCAGCUGAUGAUAUGGCAGCAGCUGGAUCUGUUGUGGAACUGAGUGGAGAGUGGGUACGGCCCCGGAGCUACAUUUGCGCAGCGUGUGGGGUCAUGUUUGAUGAUCUCUGGGAUCUGGAGGACCAUAAGUACAGCCAGCAUCCAAAUGUAUGGUGCACACAUUACGAGUUCGAGCAAGCAGCCCUCGAGCAGGUUACUGAUACCAGCAAGUCCCUGGGUGGAGGUAUCUCAUCAAAGAACUUAAGCCGUCGGUUCCUUUUGGUUCGUGAAGCUGCAGAAACCAUUCCACUGCCAGUACUGAACUCUGAAGUGAAGUGUACUAAGUGUGAGAGAGGAUUCAGCACAUUGCCAGACCUACACAGACAUAUUUUGGAAUGUGGGGGUGAUACCACAUGGAUGUUGCUUCCAAGUCCUAGUUCAAGUGGACGUCGUGCUAGAAAGUGGCGUCCUUUUGGCAGCAGGCGACGGCGGCAGCAAGGCAGCCAUCGCCGCGGAAUGAAACGCAACAUUCCGACCACACCAGUAAAGCAGUACUUCCGUGCUCGGCAUCGCAGUAUAGCAGGUGACAGUGACACUAUCCAGCGCAUGUUAGCAAACUUGCCAGCAAAGCGAUCAACACGGAGGGCGAUCCAGUUCUCAGAGGAUGAGAUUAAGACACGAAGCCAAGGCACAAUACACAGUAAUCGCCUCUUAAGGAAGAGAUAUAAGGUAUCAUUUGCAACUGCUAUGCUGCGGACAUCCCACAAGACUGGACACAAGGUGGUUCAUAGCCUACAAGUCAGGACACUCACUACAGAUUCAAGUGAUUCAGCCCCUAAGAAGUUUACAGUUCGUGCCCCAAAGAAACUGCCACCAGCUCCGUCAGUUAUAUCCACUGUUACAUCAGAUCAAACACCUCUUCCCAAACGGCAGCUGAUAAUGAAGAAACUGCCUUGGUCAAAAUCACAACCAGUGAACUCAGUUCCACAUUCCAAAUCUACAGACAGUGAAGUGCAGAGAAAAGCUAACAGAGGGGGCAGGUCCUUGUCCCCUGUUGCAAACAAAUCUGAGACUUUUCUUCUGAGUGGCUCAGAAGAAACCAAACAACCUUCUGUUCAUAAGAGCAGGGGUCGCAGUAAGAAGAAGCCAGUUUUAUCUCCAAGUGGUGAUGGACUUACUGAGCCGUCAAAUGAGAGUAGCAAGAAAAUUGCUGGGCCAGACAUAAGCAUGCAAGAAUUUGAUGUAGAUAUCAGCACCGUUGGCAGUACUGAGACUUCGAAUAUUCUUGCUGCAAUGCGCAUUGCCAUGUUAGAAGGUGUUAUCACUGAGACCCCACCAUUAGGAGCCAGCCCUAAGAAACUUAUCAAAAGAUUUUCUGUAAAGAAAGAUUCAUGUGUAGAAGAGAAUAAAAUAACACUGCAAGGCAAGCGAAAGAAAUUGCCCUCCAACCAACAAAAUUCCGUGAAGAAGAAAACAAAACUAAGUCAGUCAGAACUAGAAGAGCGAUUUCUUCGCAACAAGGGUUACACUCACCCAGAUGAGAUCACAGAUGAACCAAUUAUCUGCAAGGGUUGUGGCUUGCAAUUUGAUAAUGGUUCAGCAGAGUUGCGCCAUCGCAAGACUUGCAUUUAUGUCCCUCCUGAGGAGGAUGUUGGUUCCAUUGAAGUACAGGAUCUGCAUCCAUGUUUGCAUUGUUAUGUGCAGUUCCCCUCUGUAUCCACUCAGCUGAAGCACAUGCAGCAAUGCAAAGCUGCAGUGAAGAGUAACACUGAGGUGACAGAUGAACCAUUUACAGGUUUUAAGAAGACAGCAACUGCUAAAGCAAAAUCAAAGAAAAGGGAUAACUGCUGUAAUACAACUGUGGCUGGUAAAGAAGAUGUUGUGGAACCUCAGAAAAGCAUUCGGAGCUGCAGUGAAAAUUCAGUGAAGAUUGGAAGAACAAAAGCAAAACCUGGCUCAACAAAGACUAAACAAGAAAUUACCAAAAGAAAGACUGUCAUUGAUGGCCGCAUUAUAAAAGGGAAGAAAGUUGAUCUCACAGACAGUGUUGACAAUAGUCUUGAUGCAACUAAAAAGUGGCCGACCAGCACCAAGAACACCAGUAAUAGUGUAACAAAGAAGAAAGUUGACAACAUGGAAACUGUGAAUAUUAGUUCAGUUGAGAUGCCGAAAAAGAUUGGAAGAGAAAGUACGAACAGUAGUUCAGUUAGAACAAAGAAAAAACCUGAUAUCUUAAAAAAUGCCCGUAGCAGUUUGCUGGAAAGAAAAAAAAAACUUGAUGACAAAGAAAAUGCCAGUAGCGGUCUAUUAGGAACAAAACAGAAAUUGUAUAGCACUGAAAAUGUCAGCAGCAGUACAGUAGGAACAAAGAAGAAAGUUGAUAAAAUGGAAAAUGUCAAGAGUGGUCCAGGAAGAACAAAGAAGAAAAUGAAUGGCACAGAAAUUUGCAGUGGUGAUUCAGUAAGAACAAAAAAUAAACCUGAUAUUCACAAUAGGCCUGUCACAACAAAAAGAAAACUGGAUAGCGUAGAAAAUGCCAGCCCUGUGAUAACAGAGAAGAUGGUUGAUAGCCCAGAAAAUGCCAGCAGCAGUCUCUUGGAAUCAAAAAAGAAACUUGGUGAAUUAGAAGAUGCCAGUAGCAGUUCCGCUGGAAUAGUAGAAGGUAUUUGCUCUGCUUCUAUUGGAGCAAAGAACAUUAAGAACGCUGGCAAUGGUCCAGUUGUGUCAAAAAAGAAACAAGGUAACAUGCGAAGAACUGUCAGUAGCAGUCCGAUGGGAGCAAGGAAGAAACUUGGCAGAACAAGAAAUCACAGCCCAGGUGGAACAAAGAGAAAGCAUGAAAGUUCAGAAAAUAUGAGCAAUAUUCCAGCUGAAGUAGAGAAAAUACUUCCUGUCGCACAAAAUGACAGCAGUAGCCCAGUUGUAUGGCAGGAAUGCCUUGACCACACAGCAAGUGAAAGUCCAAAGAAACAGGUGGAAUGUGGCACUGAAAUUGUCAAUAAUAAUUCAGCAAAGACAAAGAAGAGAUCUGGCAGUGCAGGAUCUGCAAUUAGAAGUCAUUUCAGAAAAAGAAGCAGAUUGGAUAACACUAGGUCACCAGACAUAGUUUUGACUGGAGCAAAGAAGAAAUUUGACAACAUUGAUAUUCUGAAUGUAACAAAAAGUAAAUCUGGCAGCAGUGAAAGUGUGAGUAACAAUACAGAUGAAAGAAAACACAAAUGUUCCAGCACUGGAAAUGAGACUGGUAGUCCUGCUGCUAGUGAUGUAGAUGACAGAAUGCCAGAACUGCAGAAAGAAGAGCCUAUUGAGGACUUGAAGACCGAAACUCCAAGUCCCAAAGUAGAAGACCUCUGUGAUAUUCCAAUAUUGUCACCAGUGGGCUGUGAACUGCUGGCUGAAGACUGUGAAGAGAAGAACAGUGAUACUGACCUUAGUGAAAUGCUGAGGAAGGAUGUAAUGAAGGAGAAAGAAGAACAGCGAUUACCAGUUCAAGGUAAGAAACAUCCCAAGACCACAUCGAAAAAAAGUAAUGGAUUGAAACACGUUAGAACGACCAUGAAAAUAAGGAAACCAUCGGACCUUGUAAAGAUAAUGGAUGUUAGAUUUCAGAUUCCCCAAAUUCCAUUACAGAUUCAGCCAAGUGAACUGGAGACAUCUGUUGGCACGCCCUUAACAGUAGGUGAAGCAUGUGAUGUGAUUCCACUGGGGGAGGAUAAUGACGAUAAUAAACCUUUAGCAGAAUGCGUGAGUGCCCUUGUUACAUCAUCAGAGCGAUACACCACCAUGGAGAAACCUUUACAGAAGGUGAAGAAGGCAGCACCAUCAUCAAAGCAGCAGAAACGGAAACCUGUCAGACGCAGGAAUAGUACCAUAUUGUGGAACAAGAAAGGCAUAAAGGGAGCCACCAAAACAAAACCUCAGCUGACCGAAGAAGAUUCUAGUGAUGACUUGCUGCCAAUUUCAAAGCUGAAGGAAGUGAUUCAGAAGAAGGCUUUACCACUUGAGGAACUGAAUUCUAAUGGCACUGGAGCAUGUGAUACUAAUUCUUUGGUUGAGCAGAUGAAUUCAAGAGUUAAUGGAGGGUUGGAAUCUGAAAGUUUGGUUGAAGUAAAUCCUCCCACAGUCUCAAGACCAGAUGAGGCCUUGGAUUCUGAAAGUCUUGUUCAACAUAACACAAAGAAAUCACACAAGAUACCAGUUCAUGUUAGCUUAAAUGAGAAGAGUCUUGCAGUGCCUAGGAGAGGAACAGCAAAGACAGGGAAAAGAGGUAGGACUCAAUCCUGGGGUGAAGGUACAAAGAAAGUGAGUGACCAGUUUCAACCACAGGCUCGCCGAAAAGCCAGCCUCCCAUGUAGUCAUCUGGAAAUACCAGCAGCCGAGGGAGUCCUCACUAGUAUUCAGCAAGAUGUCAAAAAGGCAGUGAUUCCAAAGAGAAAAGCAAGGAAGUAUACUGAACAAGUGGAAUCUCAGGACAGUAUCCAAGUAGAAGACUUGAUAUCUCUUAGUAAUCAGGGAGAAAGAAAUGGUUUGUCUGUUAAGAGACAGGAAAUGGAAAGUGAAAGACAAGUCAUCACUAAGAGAAAAAGAAAAAUACAAGUUGAAGAAAUGCAGUUUGAAGAUGGAGACAGUGUGUACUGCCCUGUUAGCCACUUACAAGAUAGCACCUUGAGACAUGAAGACGAAGAGGACCAUUUGGUCAGCACAGAACAUAAAACAGACAUUUCAGAAGCCUGCGAAGAGGAAAUAUCCCCCUCUCUUCUGUGUGAAGAGGCAAGUGAUGCAGGUGAUGAAGAGUUGUUUGUGGCCAAGAGGAAGUUAGAGAGAGCACUGAAAGAAUUUGGAACCCAGUCCACAAUGGCUGCUUUUCCUGUUAGCCAGAUGUGUGAUACUGUGCCAUAUGUUCUAGAGGGUAAGAAAACAAACUACUUACUUAAUGAAGGACAUAAAACAAUUUUGAAUGUUGAUGAAAAAUAUAGAAAGGUAAAAGGCAAGAGAAAUUCUUUAAUUGGCAAGAAGUUGGGGAUUACUAAGACUAAAGCAAAAGGGCAGUUGAAGAAAAUCCGGUCUCAGUACAGAGAUGAUACUGGCCAGGCUCACUGGGCAAAGCAGAAAGGAGAAACAGACUAUUUAAUUGCUGAGGAGGUAGGGAGUGAAGGUACAAACUCUGUAAAGGGGGAAAUGCUGUCAGUUGCUAAUAGAAAAUCAAAACAACAGUUGGAGGAGUACAGAUCUAAAGAUGGAGAGGUUUCAGACUCUAAUAUGUAUGCGAGGCAAGAUUCAGGAUCUGUUGUUGGAAGGAUGGAAAAAGUGACCAUGACCGGUGAUGGUGAUCUGCAAGAUGUACAUGAUUUUAUAUGUGAAAAACAAGAGACUGAGAGACCACCAAGAGAAUCUGGUGAGGAGUCGAUACCGAGCUGCAGAGAGGUCACCAGUAUGUCAAUUUGUGAGGAAAUUAAGAUCAGAAGAAGAAGAAAGGAGGCAAAUUUGGCUGACAAGACUAGGAAGACAAGUCAUCUGAUUAAUGACAAAAAAGAAACACGCAUGAAAGAAAAAAAGAAAGCAAACUUUCAGACAAAUGAAGAAAAGGAAACUAAACAAAAGAUUAAACUUGUCAUUGGUAAGAGAAGAAGAAAGAAAAGCCCCACACUUGAUGAACAAGAACAGAUGUGCAGACUGAUAAGUGAGGAACAAGAGAAACGGAUAGCAAAUACUGACAGUGAAGAAACAGUUAUGCAUAUUCAGGACAAAGAGACUGGUGAUAAUGUGGAGACACAUGAGAUCAGCAGGAAGGAUGAGCUGAAUGGUAGGGUUAUUGAGGAAGAGGACAGAAGUGCCGACACAGGCAACAGAAUUGAUUUAAAUCAUGAGAUUGAAGAUACGAAUGCCAUGCCGUGCGUUGUGGAAGAAACAACAAAUACUUCAGUUGAUGAGACAGGCGACACAUCAAACCACUUGAAUACUGAGACAGAAGACUUAAGAACUUUGGUUUGUUUUAAAGGAGAUACAAAGUACUUGCUUGGGGAGAGAAAGUUAUGUACUCUGAUUGGUGAAAAAGAGGCAAGUCAGCCAACUGUUGAAAGUGAUAAAGGGUUGAUCAUUCAGGUGGAAAGAAUGGAUACUGUGGACAGUAUGGAGAUGAAUGUAGAUAAUGAGGAGUCUGGAGCCACUCUAACUAGUGAGCAGGAGGCAUUUAAUAGUGAUAUUUUUGGUGCAGAUUCUGUAUCUGGUGAUAAAGAUAUACCUGUUAGGAACAUACUUGCAGACUCCUUGGUUCAUCAGGAAGGUUGCUUAAAUGCUGUGAUAAUUGACGAAAGUUUGAGGAAUGAUGGGACUGAACAGGUGGGCUCUUUGUCAUCAACGAUCAACAUUGUAAGCAGUACAGAUGUAGAAGAUUCACAGAUGAAUGUGGAGAUACCCUUACGACAAGCCCGACGAACACGUUGUAAUACUUCAUAUGAAGAGCUGUACACAUGGUCAGAUGUUACAAGUGAGACUGAAGAAGAUAGUAGCCAGGAUCUUCCAAAUUCAAAUAUUAUGGCCACACUUUGCCAAGAUGCUGAUAUUUCAACGUACGAGGAAAUAGCAGCCAUGAUUGCAAACGGUGAAUACUUGUUUCCCUCUAACAGUAAGAAGAAGAAAAAGAAGAAAUUGCGCAACAAUAGCAGACAGUACAGAAAUGGACAUAUCAGGAGAAAUGGACGUAAGAAGCAGAAGUUGAGGCCCAAACUGAUGAAGAAAACAAGGCGAUCAGCAGUGCAUGAGUUUGUAGUUACAGACAUUGAGACAGGUCAAGAGGAAUCUCAGGAUAGUUGUGAGUCCAUUGUGUUGUCAGAAAUCAUGAAGGCAGAGCAUCCACCCAUGGGUACAGAUACACGCCCAAAGCACGCUGAUGUGAGCAUGAAGAAGAAGAGGGCAAGGACAUUGCAGUUGCCAGAGAGUAAGGAACAAGCAGUCAAUAAUGAGAAUGCACAAGUCUGUGAUAGUGACAGACCAAAACAGAAGCGGAAAAGCAGUGUGGGAUCCAUGUUUUUCUGCACGUUAUGCAACAAACACUACUCCACUAAUUACAACUUGAUGAAACACAAACUGUCACUCCUUCACAAGAGGUUAUCUGAGAGGGAUCAGCCCUCCACCCCUGUAGACAUGCAAAAAACAGAAUGCAAACAGUGGCACUCCUCUAUUCUUCAGAAUACAGAAUCCAAACAGACUUCUACUCCUGUUGAAGCUAAAUUGCCAAAUUCUGUUGUUAUUCAAGACACGGAGACUGAACUGUCUACCUCAGACAGUCAGAAUGCAGAACCACAGCCAUCUAGCUCUGUUAAUCACAGUGUGGGAACUGAACAGCAGUCAGGUUCUGUGAAUCAUGUGGAAGUGGAAGAGGUUUCUUCUUCUGUUCAGAACACCGAGUCUGAAAAAUCAUGCUCUUCUGUGAUGCAGGAUGUGGUGACUGAACCAUCUUGUUCUGCCAUAGUUCAAGAUCUAGAAGCUGAGCAUAUUCUUGUAUCUCAAAAGAUGGAAGUUGGAAAGUCUUCUGUGGUUUUAAGUGAAAACACAGAAUUUGAAGAAAUGUGUAGUGUGGUUAGGAAUGUAGGAAGUGAAGAAACUUGUGCUGUGGAUUCUGAAAGGACAUAUACUUUGAUGCAAAACAUGGACAUUGAACAGUUUUCAACAAAUUUGCCAGAUAAAGAGGUUGAUAGAUCUGUUACCUAUGUGGAGAAACCUUCUGCAGCAGAGAGAAACAGUGAGCGCGUCUUAGGAAGAAGCAGUUCGGUGCAGAAUUCACCUCUAGAUACAGUCCAACAGGGAACAAACCUAGUCGAGACAUCAUCAGGUACUGAAACUAGAAACGAGAUAGCAGCAGCUCUGUCAAACAGUGCUGCUGGUAUGUUGUGCGGUGAGCAAGUGGCUGUGUGGACAGAGCAUCAAGCAGAUGUCACUUCUGAUUGGCUGGGGAAAGAAAGGGACAUACAGCACAAUUCGACUGCAGCCAGUUGGCCAGCAUCAGUCGAGCAGAAGCAAGCUAGUUGGCUUGAAGGUCAGGUGGAUAACAACCAGUGGCUGUAUGCCAGCCAGUGGUCACAAGAAAUGGCUUGGGGUAGAGAGGCAAACCCAGAUAUGCAUUGGAAUGCAGAUUCCAGUCAGGAUGAUACCACAUUCUUCCAAUCAAAUUCUGCAAGCUUGGGCUCCAUACUAGAUUCUGUUAACCAGAUUCUGGACAAUGAGCGUUCUGCAGACAGGUUGCCAGCUGCUGAUGGAUAUCAGCCAUAUGUGGACCUGCUGCAGUCUGGAACUGAAGAUGUGGUUGCAGCUGGUGGACUGCGGGAGCUGCAGCAAGCCAUGGGAGCAACAGAUGAGGAGAUGGCUAUGCUGCAGCAGCUGGGAGAAGGAAGCUGGCCUGUGGAAGAUGCUGACAUCAUGGACCUAGACAACCAGAAGUCUGACAGUACCACACUCACUGGUGCCCCAACUUCAGCCACCAGUACGUCCACUAACACUCCAGCCAGUAGACUUGCGAAGCUUGUUGAAGGCACAGCAGGAAACAGGACCAGGAGUGAAGAGGAGGGGGGUGGCGCGUCUUCAGUCGCAAUGGCACAAUCAGCUGUGACGACCCGCGCACUCUCUCGUCGUGGUGGUUUACGUACUCAGGAUAUGCAACUAGCUUUGUACGAGAACAAAGAUAUGGUGUGUCCUGUGUGUAGCCGUAGGUUCCUUGGGCUCAACGCACUCAAAGCUCACCUUGCAGCAGCUCACAACAGUUCCACUCGCCACCGCACUCAGGCAGUCAUCAAGCGCCCACGCAUUGUUCCUAGCUCAGCAUCUGAUGGAAGUGGUGAACCAGCCCGUCAUGUCUGCAUAGUAUGCAAGGAACUUCUGCCUGACGAGCAGGGACUUGCUGACCACGUUGAGGUAGCUCAUGUUGAACGUCAGAACACUGGAGGCAAGCGUGUUGAUGGGAUGGGUGGCAGCAAACACAGUACUGCUGGUGGUGGAGAUGAAGGACUUCGCAGUCACAUGACUUCCGCACUUGGGGGCCUCCUGACACGGGCCCUUAACAACUUUCUGGGCAAGAAUCGAUCCCAGCCUUCACCCCCAGCUACUCAAGUUCCAAGUCCUAUCACUGGAUCUCUUGGUGGAAGUCAUAGCAGUAUGUUGCUUACACAGCCUGUAGCACAAUUACUGGGUCAUGGCCUCAAGGUGACAAAUCGGCGUCAUAGCAGUGGGCCUGUUGAUGAGCAACUAUUCAGUUGUAUUGACUGUGAUGAGAGGUUUACCAGUAAGAGCAACAGGAAUCGUCACGUAGCCAGAGCUCACCGUGGACAGCAGUAUCAUCGGUUAAGCACUGACAGCCCUCUAGAACUCACCAGAACAGCAUCCCCCCUCACGAGCCAUGAAAGCAUAGUAUCAGAGAUUGACACGGAUAAUCUGCCCCUGAGCAUCAGAAUUUCCAAUUUCAGUUCUGAGACAAGACCAACAGAUGGUGAACCUGGCAAGUCACAGUUGAUUGCUGCCAACAGUGUGAAUAGUGAGACAUCACCAAAGACAAAAAAGGAUCAUUCAAGCCAGAUGGGAGAAGGAUGCAGUGCAACCAUAUUGCAGGAGAUAGAUCAUAUGGUAGGAACUCCUUGCAACAGUGUGGGAGAAGAAGAACAAGAUAGAGAAAAGCUGACAGUUAAGAGGUCAACAUGCUUGGGAAAAAGGCAGGAUCGAGAACAAUUUGAAUAUUCCAAGACUCACUGGAGAAGCAGCUUGAAAGCCGACGUGUUCCGUCCAAGAUCAGAAAAUUCAGGCAGUGUGAGUGAUGAGGAUUCAAUUAAGGCAAAAGCUGUAGCAGCAUUGAGGGCUCUGAAUGCGCGAGACAGAAGGAUACGUAAUGGCCUUCCAGGUAGCAUUGGGGCUGCACUCUGGAGUGGUGUGUCUCGUAAGAAGUCCAGAGGACUCAACUCUGAUGACAGGUUUCGUUUCCCAUUGGUCCGGAAGACUCCUCCGUCCAUAAAUCGUUUUGCUUCAUUGGCAGAGAAGAAGAAAAAGAAUGUAUCGCGUAUGGUUAAGCUUGAGGCCAUGAGUUGGUCCAAAGAAAAUCCUGAAGAAGGGAGGAAGGAAUUACAAACCAUGCCUGCUAGUGCUGCCAGUCCAGUGUCAUACGAUGUAUAUGAGUUUCAGGAUGAAGUGGAACAAGCUCAGCAUCCAUCUGAACUUGGCUUGGCAGAGUUCAGGUUGAGGACACCUGUUGGGAAAAUUGCAUCACAGGACAAUGGAGCUGACACUGGACCAAUCAGUGAUGUGGAAGAGAGUAAGGUGGCAGAAUGGGAGAGUCUUCAGAGAGACCCCACAAGGAAAGCUGUUGACCCUCAGCCAUUUUCAGAACAGAAAGAAGAAAGGUGCACUCAUGAUAUACAGAAUGUUUUGGAGAAUACUAAGAAAAAGGUCCUUAAAUCACUGAAGCUCUCAGAACAAAACCCAAGACUUAAACACAAUCAUAUAAGUAGAAAACAUGAAAGCAGCAAAAAGAGACGGUGGCACCGUAUCAUUGUGGUAAGUGGAGAGGACACUUCUGACACAGAGACAGGGGUGGAGCCACAUGACAUUCGUAGCGUAGCCCUCGAUCAGAAGCUUGAUAAUCACAAGGACAGAGAGAAGUCUUUGAAUUUAGAACAUCGAAGUGAAGAGGGCAGAGGCUCCAAGAGGCGACACAUGAUGCCAUGUUUAUCAGGUGUUCUCGUAGAAGAUCGGCAACGUGGAAAGCGUUCAAAGAAAGCAAAACCACCCAGAAAUGGUUCAAAGCGAUCGACAAAGACGGAGCUCUUAAUGUCUGUAUUUGCCAAGUCCCGCCAGCGUAACAAUUCUGUUAACAACACAGUGGCUGCUACACAUUCAGUUCCUGCUAAAACUCCAUUUUGCAGCGCUUCUUUAUCUGAACCAUAUAGGAGUGUGGGGCCUUUUGGCAGUAUAGCUGGAGCUGAGAGCGAGUCUGAUUCAGGAUCUUUGGCAACAUCUGUCUCAGCAGGAAACUUGGCAAUUAGCAGUGAUGAUGAAAGAAUAGCAAGACAGACAAAGUCUCAGCCAAGGAAUCAGAAGAAGAGCAAGCAAAAGCCCACGGCUCUUUGAUGUUCUCCAAGGUAUGUAGAUGUCGAUAGGUACAGAAAAUUAUUCAUAUCUAAGUACUUUUGACAAGCUUGGUAAGGCAGUUACACUAAUAAUGUACAUUUAUCACAUUCGUGACUCCACUUAGUGUUG